AUGGAUGAUGUAUACAAAGCCGCGGUUGAGAACUUAACAGAGGAGCAAAAAAAUGAGUUUAAGGCGGCGUUUGACAUCUUCGUCCAGGAUGCAGAGGACGGCUGCAUCAGCACCAAAGAGUUGGGGAAGGUGAUGAGAAUGUUGGGCCAGAACCCGACACCAGAGGAGCUCCAAGAGAUGAUCGAUGAGGUGGAUGAAGAUGGGAGCGGUACUGUAGACUUUGAUGAGUUCUUGGUGAUGAUGGUGCGCUGCAUGAAAGAGGAGAGUAAAGGAAAAUCAGAGGAGGAGUUGGCUGAGCUCUUCCGAAUGUUUGACAAGAAUGGAGAUGGUUAUAUUGAUCUGGAGGAGUUAAAGAACAUGCUGGAGUCUACAGGAGAGACUAUCACUGAGGAUGACAUAGAGGAACUGAUGAGGGAUGGUGACAGAAACAAUGACGGCAAAAUCGACUAUGAUGAGUUCCUGGAGUUCAUGAAGGGAGUUGAAUAA